AUGACAGACCGUCACGUCAACAUCGAAGCGAACAUCAACCGCGUGGCCUCCAGUAACACGGUGAGCUUCUGGAAGGACCCCAACCCUCGCCCUGCUAUAGUGGUGGGCGGAUGGGACAAUGACCAAAGCGCCACCACCACGUUGCAGCUGGUCAAGCAGCACCUUGCGGACCUCCAAUGCGACCUCGAUCUGGAGGAAACGUUUGUCCCAGGAAUUCGACGUGGGUUCGCUAUCGUCCCGGUGCACGCCCGCCCCGGGGAAGACAACUUCGACUACAGAAAACGAGUCCGUGAAGCACUGCAGCGUGUACGUGAAGCCCGAAUUGUCACUGGACAAAGAGACCAAGGAGGUGACCGACACCUAUGGGCAGCAAUGAGUGAAAGUCCAGAGCGACGUCGCAGAGCACAGUUCGCGGGGAAGAUCAAGCGACUGAUUCUAGAAGAGAACGGGGACAAGGCGAAGCUAGAGGUCGAGUUUGGCACGGGGAAUGUGUGGUAUUCUCAGGUCCGGGUUGCCUCGGCAGUUCUUUCAGCACCCCUGGAUGCAGACAAAGCAGGUGUUGGCUGGGUGUCUUUGCCCGUGCUGGCACGGCAGAUGGGCCUAUCCUUGAGUUCCCUGACGACCCGUUGGGUCGUUGAGGAUGUGUUGCAAAACUUCGAGAUCACCCGCAGUGACCCCGUCAAACUCAUCGCCGACAUCUCCCUCAAGCUUACGGAACCAGGGCGGGCCCUGGCCAAGUACCGUGAGAGCAAGCAGAUCAAAGAGAUGCGGCGGCGGAUCCUUGCCAUGCCACCAGGGGCCGAGCGCAAACAGGCCUGGAAGACACUGGCCAAAGAUCGCCGGCAAGAACACCGUGCUUGGGUAACAGACAAGCUCAACCUGGCUGGGGCUGGAUUCUGGCGAGCAAAAGCAGCGGUAGACCAGGAGAGACACAACACGGCAUGGGAACUUGCACUGAAGUCAGAUGAAGCCUGGCGUGACAAACUCGCCAAGCACUUUGGGGGGAUCUUCCACAAGGCCGACAGUGAAGAGGUCCGCCAGCGUUUUUCAGUAAUCCUGGGGAGGAUGGCGGGGAUGUGCAAGCUACAACCAUGGCAGCCCUUCACCUUUGAGGAGAUUAAAGCAGUCCGUAAACGAUGGAAAAAUGGGAAAUCGUGUGGCCCUGACAGCAUAUCACACGAGGCCUUGAAAGUGCUGGAAGCGGUCGAUUCUUGGCGCGACCGACUGCUGUGUCUUUUCAGUGACAUGCUUUACACGGCCAAGAUCCCCGAAACCAUUGAGCGGGGAGUCACCACUUUACUUGCAAAGGUGGGGACACCCACGUCUUGGAGCGACACCAGGGGGACUCUCGCUUACAAUGGGCACGAAGAUCUCGACAAGGAGUCGAACUCAUUCUUAUACUCCGUCGUCUGUGCCGAGUGGCCCACGAUUGGGGAAGCCCUUGCGCUGCAGAUAGAGGAGGACGUAUGCAUUCGGGGGAGCCGCCCUUGGGAGGGGAGAGCAUGGGCAUCCCUUCAUGCCACUGAGAUUGAGAUUGUCUUCCGCGGGGAACACUUUCGCCUCCCGCAGUCCAGUGGUGUGCGACAAGGAUCGCCCGAUAGCCCCAUAGCUUUUGGUCGCAUCAUCGCCAAAGACCUGGAGAAAUCUAUCGCUGAAUCCAAGCACGCCAAGCCCAGCACUGGGGAACCGCCACCAGAAGACGGGGGAAGCUUCAUGGAUGACAGCUAUUUAUGGUCAACCAGUGCAGCACAUUUACAGACGAUGCUGGAUCGCAUGGGGGCAAAUCUACCUCGCAAAGGGCUUGACAUCCACCCCCUCAAGACAGAAAUCAUCGACAACCAGACCGGUGGGGUAGAGUUCAACGUUGCGGGGGACAAAGUGCUCUCGAAGGGGCCUGAACACAUUAUUCGAGCGCUCGGAAGCCCUCUGAGCUUCAGAGGACACCCUGCCAUGAUUGUGGCCGAGAUGCAAUCCAGAGCUCGAGGGGCCUUUCGCAAACAUCGGGGGACCCUACCGUCCAAGGCACCUUUGCGGUCGAGACUACAGCUACAUACAGUUCUGGUCCGACAAAGCGCUCUAUGGGCCUGCCAAACGUGGCAGUGUAGCGAGUACCUGCUUCGCUGCGCAAACAGCUUACAGCUCAGCCAAGCACGAACCAUUAUGCACCUCCACAAACCAGCGGGGGACGACUGGCUCGAGUGGAAUAAGAGGACCCUGCGACAGGCCAGAUUGGCCUUGCAUCGUCAUGAAAUUCAACGAUGGUCGACUUUCAUUCUCAGCCAGAUCUGGAGCCUUGCAGGGCAUGCAAGCCGUGGAGAUGAAGUCGCAUCGGCUAUGAUGAGAUGGCGGAAUUUGGCAUGGUGGCGAAUCGAACAGACAAUCCCCCCCUCGUGGGGGGGACACCGCCACAGUGGCCGCUUUAACCCGCACCUUGACAUUGAAAGGCAGAUCGUCGAGGUGGCUGGAGAAGAUUGGCAAAGCAAGGCGGGGGACAGGAUAUGGUGGGCCAACAUGGAGGACCGCUUCGUGGAAAAGAAUGACGUCCCAUGGGCCUCCGGGGAGCAGAACCAGCUCGAGAACCUUGCACCCAACAAGGGGAUGUCAUCAAACAAGAGCAAGAAGAACGGAAGGAAGAAGAUCGACAGCUUCUACCAACAAGAAGUUCCACCUGACAUUCAUUUCUCCACCCUCGGCGGAGGAGUGACCUUCAUACAGCUGACACAAGGAUGCUGGGAGAUCCAAGUGGGGGGACAAUCGAGCCCUAGUUGGUCAGCUGGUUUACCACCGCUGACGACGGUGGAGCUGGGACAAUUUGGACCCCUCGAGCGAGCACCACCAUUCACCGCGGGCACCAUCGGACGACUUGCCCCAAUGAAAAGGGACGACAAAUGGUUGCUGACGAUCCUCAACGUCCCCGACCUGGACGAUUUCGAGCCCCACACGAUGCUCCUGGUAGAAGGAGAUCAGUUCAUACUGACACCCAGAGGAUGGGGGCUCCGCGUACAUCGACUCGCCCCCUCGCCUGCACGGGCAAAUCGACAACAGGCCAGCCCUUCGCAACAAGCCACCCAGACCGCGGAGGACCCACAGCAGCAGCAGCCAGAGGAGGAAGCAACAGCAGCCGAAUCGACGAUGCAACAGGAAACAGCGGCAGCCACCUCCAUAGCGGAGGGAGCAGUGUCAGACGAGGAUGAGGAGGACCAAGCCGGAGACCACAGACCUCCGAGAGUACCGAUUUCGGCCUAUGCCGAAGCAGAAGUUGCACCACUUGGAGAAGGGCGCUGGCGAAUCUCCGCGGGACCAGAUCGGGGGAACAAGCCACGUCAUCCAGGGAGCCUUCCUACCACUGUCAUUGAAGGUGAUGGCGGACCAGUGGACGAGGCGCCAGCAAUCGCCAUAGGCACAGAAGGAGUGCUGGAAUUCCUCACAGAGGAUUUGUGGACGUUGGAUAUUGAAGCCAUUGCGACGACCAUCGUUCACGAGGGGGACACCACGCUGCUCACCCCAGGGGACCGCCUCCUCCUGGAAAGACAAGACGGAGAAUGGCACAUCCGGGUGGAGCUCCUCUCCCCAGACGCCCCAGCAGCGGUCGGCAAACUCCGACAGAGGCGACGAAACCUGGCGGCAGGUGAGAGACGAGCAAGAAAGCAGAAAGCAAACAACAAAGGGGGGAACGUUCCCCCAACCAUUCCGGAGCAUGACAGCGAGCAAGACACAACGGCAGACCACCCACCACAACCCUCAAGCGGGGAAGCAGCGACACCUGCAACGAGCAACACCCAGCAAACAGAACCUGUGGGGACAUCAGCCAGCUCCAGCUCCUCGCAUGAGCCGCCGCAGCAGAGCCAGCACGGUGCAGAAGAGAGACCACAGAAACCUGACCGCCCACAGCGAGACCACUACAACAUCCUCUCGGAUGGGAGACAACUCCGAC